AUGUGGCAUGUCUUUGGUUCAAGCAAACCAAAGGAAAUAUUCCAAAACUCACGCGAGAGCGGUAUUCCCAGACUGUAUACAGAGCGUCAUAUAUCCACUGCAGACUACCGAUAUUGGGUGCAAUUCACGACCCUGUUUUCUUCUGCAGAAGACGUGUUUUCCAGUCUAAAGGUGCAGGAUGUGCGCAAGGUAGUCGAGGACGCACCAGAAAAUAUUGUCACUCUGGUUGAUGUAUUGACGUUACAUUUAGAAAGCUUGGUCAAUGAUCCGAGCUUUUCGCCUCUGCCACCUAGCAGCUCUGGAGGAUGGAAUGCCUUGUUCACAACUAGUGCAACAGUGCCCAAGGCGCCCGACAGCCGUGAUCGCCAUCAAGAAGCUUUGAACUGUUUUCGCGUCUUAUCGCGCAUCAUACCUAUAAUUUAUGAAGCAGGCUCGCUUGACAAGUGUGAUACGGAUAUUACGGAUCUCGAACAUAGCGCACUCUGGUCCAGCAAGACGCGCGCCAUGCGGAUGCGUGCAAAUAAAAAUGCGCAAAAAUCUUUGGUACCUGCAGAUCCGAAAGGGAUAGAUGAUACAAGCUCUACAGAAGGUCAAUUUAUACUCACAGACGGUGACGACUCUUUGUGGGAUCCGUUGUCAGAUCCAGUGUUGGAUGCGACAGAAUCUAUUCCCAGCACAGGACACGCACUUAUUAUGACUUUAAUGGAGCUUUUAUUCCAUUCUGGGUUCACAAUGCCCUGGACAGAGGAGCAGUUUAUGGAAUCGAACAAUUCCGAUAUUAGCCGUGUACACUUUACGAUUUGGGAAGCAGGCAUUGGAUCACCGGUAGACCUUGAAAACACAACACACGAACAUAUUCUUCGACGAACUGAAAUUAUGCGUCUUCUUCUGAUUUUGCUCUCCAAGCCUAUGUACGUGACAAAAGAGACCUUAUGUAUGUCGAGCAUGCAAGCACUUGAAUUUAUGACGUGUGAGCUGGAAAGGCCUGUGGUCCUUUCUUUUCUUUGCAGUCUUUUAAAUACUGUCGCGAACUAUCGACAGGCAGAACGAUGGAAAAUUUUGGGGGCUGAUGCUGUCCGAGACACGUAUACGUCGCUAUGCCUAGAAAUGUUGUGUGUUUUGCUUUCAUAUCAACCUGCGUCGAAGAACAGCAAUCUGUUUUUAUUUUAUGCAAGGAAGCUAUACCGAGAAAGUGAUUUCUUGUUUUUGAUGAAUGGAACGGGCAAGAUUUUUCGAGAGAGUAUGGCUGUAACAAGUGGUGCUUUUGAAAUGAACAAUGGCCGCUCAACUUUCGUCAAGGCACCAGAAGAGCAUGUUUCCGAGAUGCUUGUUGUGAUUUGGACCUUGAUACGGACAAACAGCAAGCUUUGCGAAACCGUGACACAAAGUCCCAGGAUCGCUUUCGACAUGUUAUCAUGGCUUCUCUACGUGGCGCUAUCCAACAAGUGUUCUCCCGCCACGUUAGGUCAAGCCCAGCUGGCAAUUUUUAUGCUCCAAGACCUCUCAUCAUACAAAGAUUUUGCCAAAUUUUUAUCCAAGCCGAACAGUAUUGAAAGCAUAAGUAUCCCUGUCCAUUUAUUGCGCCAACAAGGCACGUUGGCUCUAGACGUUUUGAUUGAGGGCACUUAUCUCCUGAUCACAGGCAGCUCCGGGCACUUGACUCCCCUUUACUCCAGCAUUCUGUUGAUCCUGUACAAUACAUCUCCAUUUUGGCAAGGCAUAUCGGCGGCUUCUGCAUCGCGUCUUGAGCAGCUGUUACAUCAGCUUGCUUCCCCUAAGUUUUUGCUCAGCGACCCAAGUCAUCCUUAUCUUCUCGGGUUGUUUCUGGAGACGUUGUCGCGUGUUGUACAGUACAAUUACAGCUCCAAUGUCCAUUUGGUGUACAUUCUUGUUCGUUCGGCACACAUCAUUGAACGUACUCAUUCCUUUAAGCUGAACUCGGCGCUCAGUAUGAUCUAUUUUGCUCGUGAACAUGCAAAAAAUCAUGUGAAGCUGAAGGACCUACCUCCGACUCCUUCGGAAGAAACAUAUCAUAUGAAUACCAAAUCGGACCAUGAAAAUACCCUAUCUUGUCAGACAGAAGAAGGCAGAGUUGAACACAAUGGCUAUUCAAAGGAAACGGCAGAGUCUGUAAAUGGAAGCGACAAAAGAAAUGUGGAAAGUACAGAAAACAAUUUAGGAAAGGAAGAGAUUGCUUCCCAAGGCAAAAACAUUGGAAAGGACCGCGCCGCUAACCCAGAGAACAGUGACAAGGUAGCGAAAGAGGUGGCUCAAGGUGAGGAGAAAGAUCAAGAUAUGAGCAAGACAGAUGUGCCUGCCACAGAGGUUCCAGAACAAACAGCUUUCAUGGAAACUGAGACGACAGAAACACCAGCACUUUCCUCGCUCCUAUCUUCGGGACCAUUGUCCAAGGCAGAGUUGGAUCACGUCGCUUUAACCAUUGGAAAGAAUGGAUUUGUUCCUACGCAGGAGUGGAUUGAUACUUGGCUCCCAACCAUUAAUUUCGAUGUAUUGGACCCAUUGCUGGAAUAUCUCGUUCCUCGUGUGAAUGAAUUUUGUGCAGCGGACCCGUCAGUGUCGAGUGGCUCAUUUGCACACGAGCAAGUGCUAGCAUUCUUCUUGCGUGAACAAUCGCCUUUGCACGUCAUACCACCUGCCCCAGCACCCCAAAUAUGUACAUUUGAAUGGACGAAACAGAGCGAUGUUUGGUUACAAAGUUAUAUCUGGGGACUAAUAUAUGCCGUGGGCGUGACACCACUAGCUAUAUGGCUACAUACUCGUACGCACCUGUUCGAAGUGCAAGUGGAACAGCCUGCGGAGACGGCUGCCGGAAGAGCCAUUCAAUCUUUUUCGACACUAACGUCUAGUGUCUUGUCGCAAAUGUCUUUCUUUGCCAAAAAGCCAGCAUCUGUCAAUGUGGAACCUUUGGGCGCCGAUCCUCAGACACAAUCCCUAUAA